AUGAGAGCCAGAACAAAGCUCAGAGGAACCAACCUGGACCUGAACCUGAAACUGAACCUAAAUUGGAAUUUGAAUCUGAUUCAGAUUCAGGUUCCAGUGUGUCCUUUAAGAGUGACCGGUCACAUGAUCGCCUCAUUGAUUUUAAAGUCCAGCAACCGUCUGCUGCAGACAGCAGGCAUGGAGGAGAUCCAGGUCCCACAGAUCCAGAAGCCCCGCAAGAGCACGACUGCCCAGGGAGGCCAACUACAAAGGCUAUCUCACCAUCCACCUAUAGCUGAGGAGUGCCCUGAAUGGGGGUCACCGAGCAACCAUGGUGCAGUUGCCAUGGUUUGCCGCAGCAACAAGCCCGCAGGCUCCACCGGCAGCCAGCUACGCCAGACCAGACUGAGCCCCGGAGUGGACCAGGAGAGCUUAGAGGUUCCCAGUGGUCAGGUCUCCCAGCAGACUGAAACACACCUGGACUCCAUAUUUAUGCUGCUGGAGGACGACAUCAUCACUUUUGUGAAGAACGAGCUGAAGAAGAUUCAAACGGUUCUGAGUUCAGAUUACCCAGAAGGCUUAGAGAGUCAGGUGGAGGAUGAUGAGCAGAGGAGCAGAAGCAGAGUGUCAGUUGUGAAGAUCACACUGGACUUCAUGAGGAGGAAGAAGCAGGGGAAGCUGGCUGACCGUUUGCAUAGAAUUUGUCCACGUAAACUUAAAUCUAAGUUGAAGAAGAAGUUCCAGUGUCUGUUUGAGGGGAUCGCUAAAGCAGGAAACCCAAACCUGCUGAAUCAGAUCCACACAGAGCUCUACAUCACAGAGGGAGGGACUGCAGAGGUCAAUGAUGAACAUGAGGUCAGACAGAUUGAAACCGCAUCCAGGAUACCAGACAGACCAGAAAAAACAAUCCGACGAGAAGACAUCUUUAAAGCCUCACCUGGAAGAGAUGAACCAAUCAGAACAGUGCUGACAAAGGGAGUGGCUGGCAUUGGGAAAACACUGUUGACACAGAAGUUCACUCUGGACUGGGCUAAAGACAAAGCCAACCAGGACAUCCAGUUCAUAUUUCCAUUCACUUUCAGAGAGCUGAAUGUGCUGAAUAAGGAAAAGUUCAGCUUGGUGGAACUUGUUCAUCACUUCUUUACUGAAACCAAAGAAGCAGGAAUCUGCAGCUUUGAAGACUUCCAGGUUGUGUUCAUCUUUGAUGGUCUGGAUGAGUGUCGACUUCCUCUGGACUUCCACAAAAAUGAAAUCCUAACUGACCCUAGAAAGCCCACCUCAGUGGAUGUGCUGCUGACAAACCUCAUCAGGGGGAAACUGCUUCCCUCUGCUCGCAUCUGGAUAACCACACGACCUGCAGCAGCCAAUCAGAUCCCUCCACAAUGUGUUGAUAUGGUGACAGAGAUCAGAGGGUUCACUGAUCCACAGAAGGAGGAGUACUUCAGAAAGAGAUCCAGAGAUGAGGAGCAGGGCAGCAGAAUCAUCUCCCACAUCAAGACAUCACAAAGCCUCUACAUAAUGUGCCACAUCCCAAUCUUCUGCUGGAUCACUGCUACAGUUCUGGAGGAUGUGCUGGAAACCAGAGAGGGAAGACAGCUGCCCAAGACCCUGACUGAGAUGUACAUCCACUUCCUGGUGGUUCAGGCCAAAAUGAGGAAGGUAAAGUAUGAUCCACACUGGAGUCCAGAGAGCAGAAGGAUGAUUGAGUGUCUGGGAAAACUGGCUUUUGAUCAGCUGCAGAAAGGAAACCUGAUCUUCUACGAAUCAGACCUGACAGAGUGUGGCAUUGAUAUCAUAGCAGCCUCAGUGUACUCAGGAGUGUUCACACAGAUCUUUAGAGAGGAGAGUGGACUGUACCAGGAGAAGGUGUUCUGCUUCACCCAUCUGAGUGUUCAGGAGUUUCUGGCUGCUCUUUAUGUCCAUCUGACCUUCAUCAACUCUGGGGUCAAUGUGCUGGAAGAACAACAAACAACCUCCCAGAAGUUCAAAAGAAGUCAAUCUUUCAACAUGCUCAUUUUUAUCCAGAGUGCUGUGGAUAAGGCCUUACAGAGCCCAAAUGGACACCUGGAGUUGUUCCUCCGCUUCUUCCUGGGUCUUUCACUGCAGACCAAUCAGACUCUCCUGAGAGGUCUUCUAACACAGACAGAAAACAGCUCACAGACCAAUCAGGAAACAGUCCAAUACAUAAAGGAGAAGCUCAGUGAGAAUUUGUCUGCAGAGAAAAGCAUCAAUCUGUUCCACUGUCUGAAUGAACUUAAUGAUUGUUCUCUAGUGGAGGAGAUCCAGCAGUCUCUGAGAUCAGGAAGUUUCUCCACAGAUGAGCUGUCUCCUGCUCAGUGGUCAGCCCUGGUCUUCAUCUUACUGUCAUCAGAAAAAGAUCUGGAUGUGUUUGACUUGAAGAAAUUCUCCGCUUCAGAGGAGGCUCUUCUGAGGCUGCUGCCAGUGGUCAAAGCUUCAAACAAAGCUCUACUUAGCACCUGUAACCUUUCAGAGAGAAGCAGUGAAGCUCUGUCCUCAGUUCUCAGCUCCCAAUCCUCUAGCCUGAGAGAGCUGGACCUGAGUAACAACAUCUUGCAAGAUUUAGGAAUGAAGCUUCUAUCUUCUGGACUGAAGAAUCCAAAUUGUAAACUGGAGACUCUGAGACUAAGCAGCUGUUUCCUCUCAGAGAGAAGUGGUUACGCAAUUUCGUCAGUUCUCAGCUCCCAGUCCUCAAGACUGAGAGAGUUGGACCUGAGUAACAACAACCUACAAGAUUCAGGAGUGAAGCUUCUAUCUGCUGGAGUGGAGAGUGCACAUUGUACACUGGAAACUCUGAGACUAUAUGGGUGUUUUCUCUCUGAGAGAAGCUGUGAAUCUCUGUCCUCAGUUCUCAGCUCCCAAUCCUCUAGCCUUAGGGAUCUGGGCCUGAGUAACAACAACCUACAAGAUUCAGGAGUGAAGCUUCUGUCUGCUGGAGUGAAAAGUCCACAUUGUAAACUGGCAACUCUGAGACUGAGUGUCUGUAACCUCUCACAGAGAAGCUGUGAAGCUCUGUCCUCAGCUCUUAGCUCCCAGUCCUGUAGACUGAGAAAGCUGGACCUGAGUGAAAACGACAUAGAGGAUGCAGGAGUUAAGCUUCUGUCUGUUGCACUGAACAGUACAUAUUGUAUACUGGAAACUCUGAGUCUGUCAGGCUGUCUGAUCACAGAGGAAGGCUGUAGUUCUCUGGCUACAGCUCUGAGCUCCAACCCCUCCCAUCUGAGAGAGCUGGACCUGAGCUACAAUCACCCAGGAUACUCAGGAAUUAACGUGCUGUCGGCUGGACUGAAGGAUCCACACUGGAGACUGGACACUCUAAGGGUGGAGCCUGCUGGAGUCCAAUGGUUGAGACCAGGUCUGAGUGUCAUCAUCAAAGUGUCAAUCAAUGAACUGAUGAUAGAUCAAUAA